AUGGCAGCAAUAAGUUUAUUAAACCCCAAGGCUGAAUUUGCCAGAGCUGCACAGGCAUUAGCCGUUAAUAUAUCAGCCGCAAAAGGCAUUCAAGAUGUCAUGAAAACUAACCUAGGACCAAAAGGAACACUAAAAAUGUUAGUAUCUGGUGCUGGUGACAUCAAGAUAACUAAAGAUGGAAAUGUUCUUCUGCAUGAGAUGCAGAUUCAGCAUCCAACAGCUUCUCUGAUUGCUAGAGCUUCAACUGCUCAAGACGACGCGACGGGUGAUGGAACAACUUCUACUGUCCUUUUGAUUGGAGAACUCUUGAAGCAGGCUGAUAUUUAUAUAAGUGAAGGACUUCAUCCAAGAAUUGUUACUGAAGGCUUUGAUUUAGCAAGAAAUAAAGCUUUAGAAGUGCUUGAUAGCAUGAAAGUACCAAUUGAGGUGAAUAGAGAGAGUCUUUUGGAUGUUGCCCGUACUUCUUUAAAAACAAAGGUACACCAAAACCUAGCUAAUGUAUUAACAGACGCCUGUGUGGAUGCUGUUCUGUCCAUCCGUACACCUGGAAAAAGUGUAGAUCUGCACAUGGUUGAAUUGAUGGAAAUGCAGCAUAAAACUGCCACAGAGACGUCUUUAAUCAAAGGCCUUGUGAUGGAUCAUGGUGCUCGUCAUCCCGAUAUGCCUAAGCGAGUGGAAAAUGCUUACAUACUGACAUGUAAUGUCUCUCUUGAAUAUGAAAAGACAGAAGUCAACUCUGGUUUCUUCUACAAGUCUGCUGAAGACAGAGAAAAACUUGUAGCUGCUGAGAGAGACUUUAUUGACCUUAGAGUAAAAAAGAUAAUUGCUCUUAAGAAAAAACUGUGUGAUGGUACAGACAAGUCCUUUGUUGUGAUCAACCAGAAAGGAAUUGAUCCUCUUUCCCUAGAUGUGUUUGCAAAGGAGGGCAUUAUUGCUCUGCGCAGAGCAAAACGCCGUAACAUGGAACGCUUAGCACUCGCUUGCGGUGGUUCUGCUAUGAACUCUGUCGACGAUUUGACUGAGGAAUGUCUCGGAUAUGCUGGCUUAGUUUAUGAACAUAUCCUUGGUGAAGAGAAAUACACAUUUGUUGAAAACUGCAAGAACCCACAAUCUGUUACAAUUCUUAUCAAAGGACCAAACAAGCACACACUCACGCAGAUCAAGGAUGCUAUACGUGAUGGUCUUCGUGCAAUUAACAAUGCUAUUGAAGACAAAUGUAUUGUGCCAGGAGCUGCAGCAUUUGAAAUUAAAUCUAAUUUGGAACUCCUAAAAUACAAGGACACUGUCAAGGGAAAGGCUCGGCUUGGAAUCCAGGCCUAUGCUGAGGCCCUUCUUGUUAUUCCGAAGACUCUAGCUGUUAAUUCCGGUUAUGAUGCCCAAGAUACUAUUGUGAAGUUGCAAGAGGAAGCCCGUUUGAGUCCUGAUCCAAUUGGCUUAGAUCUUAAUAGUGGAGAAGCAAUUAAACCCACAGAUAUGGGUAUCUAUGAUAAUUAUAUUGUAAAGAAACAAAUACUUAACUCCUGCUCUGUAAUUGCAAGUAACUUACUACUUGUUGAUGAAAUUAUGAGAGCUGGAAUGAGUAGUCUGAAAGGUUAG